UUUUUCACGCCUGCAUUGAGGUCCUGUCCCCGCCUAGCGGCCGUGCACAGAUUGUUUACAUUUUUUUUUGUGUGUGUCGUGUUUCCGUGAUGUGCGUAUCAGCUGUGCUUCCUUCCGUAUGACUAUUGUUGGUGUGUGGUUGUCAACUGCCUAGACCCAACUAGAUUUAUCCCCGGCGCUAACUAAAGACGAAGCAGGUUGGUGAUGCCGCCACCGUCGUCAACGAAUCUCUCGUGGCGGCCCAAGGGCCGUGGGAGCCGCCACCACCGCGACAGCGGCGGGAGUGGAGGCAGUGGUAGGAACACAGGAACUGGUGGCCAGCAGAGACUCUUCCGCAGCCGAGAGUACGGCUCGCGGGUGCUUGGCAGUCUGAGUGAACUGCGUGAGAGUGGCAUGUUGUGCGAUGUAACUCUGCGUGUGGGCGGCGAGGACUUUGCGCUGCACCGAGUGGUCCUUGCGGCCAGCUGCCCAUACUUUGCAGCUAUGUUCCACUCUGGCCUGGCGGAGGCAGAUCGCCGCAUGGUUGAGAUAAGGGGUGUGUCAGCGACCAUUACAGAUCAGCUGCUUGGGUUCAUAUACACCGGUGAGAUCCUGAUAACGCGGGACAACUGCCAGGACCUGCUUGCAGCUGCCAACAUGUUCAGGCUCGCAGAUGUGGUUCAGGCAUGCUGUGACUUCCUGCAGAGGGAGCUGCACCCUUCCAACUGUGUGGGUAUCUUUCGCUUCGCUGAAAUGCACGCAUGCACCAACCUGAAGCUGGAGGCCAAGCGCUUCAUUGAGAGGCGCUUCACCGAGGUCAUCAACGAGGAGGAGUUUUACGAGCUGCCCACGGAGACACUGCGCCACUUUCUGAAGAGCGAGGGGCUCAGCAUCGACAACGAGUUUCAGGUCUUCGAUGCCACCAUGAAGUGGAUCUUGCACAACGUGGAAGAGCGGCGCACGCUGUUUUUCGACGUGCUGGAAGCCAUCCGGUUCCCGGUAAUCUCGCGCAAGCAACUGGAGCAGUAUGCUGACACUUGCCCCGACAAAGAGCUGCACGAGGCUUUGCUCAAGUUGGUCCAGGACCUCAAGCCAGACCGGAGGCUCUGCAUCGAUGGAAAGAGCAGUCAGGUACAAGUGGUGGACGUGCAGCAGCAGCCACGCAUGUGUGCUCGCAAGAGUGUCUACAUCCUGGGCGGCUGUCAUCGGCAUGCGGGCAUGCGCUUUGGUGAAGGCUACAGCCUGGCCAGCGUCGAGCGCUUUGACCCUGCACGGGGACAGUGGGCGGGCUCACUCGCACCCAUGGCCCACCCGCGGUCGGGACCAGGGGCUGCGGCACUCAACCAGCUCGUCUAUGUCGCGGGUGGCGAGAGCGACUGCCUGAUCCUCGACAGUGCCGAAGUGUUCGACCCUGUGGCCAACCGCUGGGAUGCCAUCACGCCUAUGGUUCAGCCUCGCUGCAUGAUGGGGAUGUGUGCCUUGGAUGGCUUCCUUUAUGCUGUGGGAGGCUGGGUGGGUGCUGAGCUUGGUGACACCGUCGAGAAGUACGACCCUGAGUUGGACACAUGGCAGAUAAUCAGCCGGAUGACGAUUGGCCGCUAUGCCAUGGGUGUGCUUGCCCAUGAAGGACUUAUCUACGUCAUUGGUGGAUACAAUGACCUCAACUGCGAGCUUGCACUUGUUGAAUCGUACAACCCGGUCACCAAUGAGUGGCAGACACUGGCUCCGUUGCGGAAGCGUCGUGCCUACGUUGGUGUGGCAGUCUUGCACGACCACAUCUAUGCUGUUGGCGGCAGCAGUGAUAUUUCCUCUGCACUCAACUCAGUUGAGCGCUACUCCAUUGAAGAGAAUCGUUGGACGGAGCUCCCGCAAAUGAGUAUGGCACGUGUGGGUGCGUCCGUGGUGGGUGUCAAUGGCCGCCUUCAUGUGAUGGGUGGCCGACGUCCCUCAGGUUACGAGCGGCCCUUCGCGAUCGGUGGGCCCCCGCUCACGCUGGACACAGCUGAGACCUACGACCCAGAGGUCAGCAUGUGGUCCAAGGCAACACCCAUGCCACUCAGCCGUUGCUACGCUGCUGCCGUUGUCGUAUGAGCCCUGCCGCGAACGGUCGUCAGCGACCCAGCAAGAAACUAUGGACCUCACUUCAUUCUCAACUGUCUCCCUCACUGUCAUUUCCUUUUGUGUUGCUGUUCGCUUGUUUUGUUUGUUAUGCCAGCUUGUUAAUCAUGGUACAAGCAGUCUUUUCUGCUGAGCACUUCUGUUACAGACUUGUGCUUUUGCGAGUGUAUUUGUUUUGCUCUCUUUUUCUUCUACUCCAAAGCUUGGCAAGGGCUGAAAGCCUAGUUUACUCUCCCCACACAGCCAUUCACAAGAGCUUUUUGAAACGUGAGAGUCGUGAAAUAAGCUAAGUUCUCUUGCUGCUCAAGCAGGCAGCUGUUUGAUUCAAGGGGGAACACUUUGUGCACUUUAAUCCACCUACUGAUAUUGGUUGUGUUCAAAUCACCCCCCCCCCCCCCCCUCCCAGCGUCUUCUUCCUCAUGGUACAGUCAGCGACUGAUUUUCCGGACGGCCAAUUUUUCGGAGAAGCCCGAUAAUGCGGACGUCUUUGCGGAACCACCACCUACCCCAUAGAGUCAGUGUAUAAAAACGUCUGAAAUUUCGGAUGCAAAAACGUUUGCUGUUUGAUUUUCCGUACUUCUGCCGUGACCGCAAGUCUGAAACGGCAUUAAUCGAAGCCACCAUUUUGAUUAUCUCGCCGCCUCGAACUGGCACUCUCACACGCAGAUCAGCUGGCAACCGUAGCCACCACUGUGGCAGUGCUAAGCCUAGCUACUUCGAAGUUUGCUACCAAGUUUCUCGCUUUUCGGUGCCCAUGUUUUUCAUUGAAACAGUUCGCCACUGUUAGCAAUGGCGCCGACUUUGCCUAUGUAAUCCUCACCAGUGGCUUUGAAGCUCGGAAAGCACGGCGCGUUGCCUAAUGCCGGUUCCCGAAUGUCAGCUUUGCCUCAAUACAUCUGUUACGCGGUAAAGCAUACCAAGAGUGGGAAGGGGCAAUUGUCACGGGACACGGCAUGUAUUCCUUAAUUAUACACGCUUGCACCUGCCGUCUCCUGUCUCAAUUCGAGCACCGAUACGCCUAAUAAGUGUACUGGCAGGCCUUUAGAGCUAUUUCGGACGUGCCUGUGGCGAUUUGAGCCCUUGGGAGCAGUAAAAGGCAUGCAUUCAUUUCUUCGGACGUUUUUGCGGCCCCUAUGGAGUCCGAAAAAUCGGACGUUGACUGUAAUAGAAACCAAUCUCAAAUGCUAUGUUCUUGCGUACUUCAAGCACUGAAAGCAAUUGCGGGUGCUGGGAGAACGUCAUGGCAGCUAUGUUUUAAACAUAACCUAUUGUCUUGCGCAUGUUCAUGUGUUUCCUUGACGGGCAUUUGCCUCUGCAUUCUUGACCUGUAUGCUAAAACAGUAUCCUUGUCUUGAUUGAGGUGGUGCUGGUUGAAAAGUAGGCACAGAAUUUUGAAGUUGCUGGAAGAGUGUCUUGGUCAACCAGCACACCAACCAGUGUGCUGGUUGGUGGUUUCAUGCCAAAGCCUGAAAAGAAAGCUCACAAGACCUUUGGCAGAAUGAGUGUCUUGCAACUCUGAUGUGAAAGGCUUGAGCAGCAGCUGAUAUGCAAGCAGUGAAUACUGCAGCACACGGUCAUGUACGUGAAAAUAUGCGUAAAGAGAAAAAUCAGGAUAGAGAGUUUUAGUUUGUCCGGAAACAUAUUGAACUUCACUGAAAACCAAAUUACCAGAGACAUGAACUGCAGCAUCAGUGCUGGUAGCAACAUCUUCUGACGCUUUGUCAAACCAAAGUGCACACGACACAUUCUUGUGUUACAUGGGUGCUCUUUCUAAGAACAAUAAAAAAGGCCGCGUGUUAAUGAGUAAGUCGCUGCCUAAAAUUUACACCAGAAGUUGAGUAGAAUACACCUGGUUAGUGCAGUAAUAGCUGUGUCCUUGGUGGUUAAGCUCUGCGCCACCAGAUGGCGGCACCAACACUACCACUCACAUUUACAUCUAUUCUGCAGAGGGCAAUAUGUUUAUGGACAAGCUGAAACUUCCUAAUUAAACAUGUCCUGAGUAGUGAGAAACGCUUGUGCCAAAAGAAGCCCAUGUGUGGAAGCGACAUGUGGUGUGGUUGAAGUCGCUUGCACUUUUAAGACUGUGUUGUAGUGUUAUUGUGCGUGUAUUCUGAACUACUGGUUGUGCUUCAAAGGUUUGCUGGAAUUCAUAUGCCCAACACAGGUGCUUACAAAUGUGAAAUGCAGAGUGUUAAAUUCUUGCAGCUGAUUGUCACAUGUAUUUGUGUAUGGGUCUCACAUUUCCCAAGAGUUGACUGUGAGACAAUCGCUCAUGAACGAAAGCCACACCAGUGUUUCACAUGGACGUCUUAUCUUGAUGCUUCUUUUAAACAAAAUUGAAUGUAAAGCAGAACUACCCUUCAGCUGAAGUAGUCACAUUUCUUCAAUAACAUUCCACAGUGACUCUUAUAGUAUAAUUUUGCAAUGGGUAUUUCCUAUGCCUACUUGAAGGUGCAUUUCUCAAACAUUUUGUUCCAGGAAUGAUCGAAGAGUAGAAUUUGAUGCAGUGACUAAUUCAGUUGAGGGGCAGUGUUGUGCCCUCUGUGCUGGCGCAGAGGUGUUUGUAAAAAAACUCCUUGUCACGUGAACCGAUAAGGUGCUUUAUUUACAUGUAGUGUUAACCUUUCAAGGUGCAACGCCGCCUUCUGCUUUGAUAAGCUUAAGAGAAGUGUCAAGUUGGCAUGUUUGUGAAAAUGUGAGUUGGGCUCUGACAUGUUUUUCAGCAAAGUUAUUUGAAAAGCAGCCAGUGUGAUAGAGUGGGAUACCUGCUCUGAAGAGUGACUGCUUUGAAAGAUUGCAACAGAUUGUGUUAUCUUGUUUUGGGCUCCUGGCAAGACAGCAGUCGUGUGUGAGGGAAGGGGUUGAAACACCAUUCAGCAGGGGCCAUGUCUGAAAAUGCACAUCAUGCGGCGUACAUGACUAAUUCACAUUUAUAUCGACAUAGUUACAUAGUUUAUCUUUUUCUGGUGGCCAUUUUUCACUGUCUCACCACUGUUUCAAAGUUAUCACUCGGUGCUAGGUGCGUUUGCAUGUAUCCGAAAUUUCCAGAGUGAUAUAGCCGAUUCUACAGCAAAAGAGCCUUAUCCAAUCAGAUUGAGUGUGUGACACGAAUGGUGCCGUGCGUUAUGUCACCUGACUUCUUUCUGGCCUUCUUUCACAGUUUCUGCCUUAACAUCGAGUUUUUUUGUUUUUUUUCCUCUAACAGUCAACUAUGAAGUCUUGUGGGUGCCUUUUCCGCUUUCAGAAGCAUGGAUUUGGAAAGGUUGUGGUUUUUGACUUCUCUCAUGAGGAGUCUCUCAAAAUAGCACAACGUCUGAGUACCUUAAAAUGAAAAGCUUGUUUUCUACUUUUGAUUAUUUGUAUUAGGAAUAGUCAACAUCCAUUAGUUCAAGCUUGGCAGGGCAUUAGAGGUUGGCCCAAAUUAUCUUACAUUUGAAUUAAAAGAAACAUAAGGCACAAGCACCUUUCAAGAGCUUUGAAAGUUCAGCUAAAAGGUCUAAUUAACCUAAAAGUUUUGAAAUCGUGGAAAUGAACUGUGUUUGCUUCGAAGGCACAAGUCACCAACACAUUGUGCUGUCGCUGCUGUUUGUGCUUCGUUCAAAGUGGCCACCACUCAAUGGUGAAGUGAUAUAGGUGCGCAGACUUGAGCGGGCGGCACUCUCCAGUCAGUAUGUAGUGUGAUGGACCAAGCCCUAGAGUGUGCCAUGAUGCAGUUAGUCAAGAUCUAGAGCGAAGGUUUUUGCAAAUGGCUUUAUGCAGUGUAGGCGGAAGGUGCUUAAGCAAGUAUGCACCCAAUGAUUGAUUUAAAGAAUGGUGAAUAAUUGAUGAGUGCAUUACCCGGUGAGGUUUCUAGAAGGACAACAAGGUUGUAUACUGCGUUUGGCGAUUCAUGUGCUUGUUUUUACUGAUACUGUACAAAGUAUAUGAAUUCAGGUGAUGCUGAUAAAUGCAAGAAAUGCGUAUUUAGCUACUGGCAAAACCAGUUUUGGCAACUUCGCAAAAAAGCAAAAGAAAAAAAAACAAUAUUAUUAGACAAGAGUGCUUGCAUAUUGUGCAAUAAGAGAUGUGUUUUGAAUGUUCUGAACAGAAUGUUUUAAUCUUCCGUACUGUUGUAACCACAUCCAGAGAACAUUUUAACUUUCUCCUGAUGUUCUGUUAUGUACUCUUGUGGCAUGGUGGUGACCAUACGCCUAGUCUGUCUGUGUGAAUUUUGCUUGCUUCGAGGAAGCCGACUCGCCUUGUGAAAACUUUAGGCCUGCGAGUAAGGUGCUUUCCACUAUGUCACGUGACAAGGUUCCUGAUGUCACCACCCCGUGUGAACAAUCCCAUGUGACCUACAAGUAUACCUUGGUCUUUUAGUGUUUGAGAAACAUAUGGUUGAAUUCUGUUUGUGAGAUGUGGUUUUUAUCUCUGUCUUGAUCACCACUGUUAUCCUAGAAUUGUAAUGUGUGUUGGAACUAUGUUUCCAUCUCUGAUCUUCUUACUUUCAUUGCAAAAACGUCACCAGUGUGUUGAAUAAUAAUGUUGCUUUCAGGGUUGAUGCACUAUUUUGCUGGAUAGAUAACCAGCACUAACUGCCUCCUCUUGCUGCAAAAGCUUCUUCACCCAAGCAUUUUAUGUUUGAGCUCCCAAUUCAACAUCUGUUUGCCCUACGCUCUGUAAAAUCAUACGCCCUUUAGGAUGUAAUUUUGUCACAUGACAGUAAUCUUCAUAAAUCUUGCGUGCGCUUCCAUUAUUACUUAAAACUCUGUGCCUCCUAUUGGGAAUGUUUCAUAAGCUUUUUAAGCUUCUUAAGCUUCUCAAAGAGCUUCUGACAGGUAAAUAGCUAGUUGAUGCACAGUGGGAAAGGAAGAAAAUGCACAAAAGCUAAGAGUGAUGGUGAUUGUCAUGGGACUUAUUGUACUGUGCACCUUUUAGGGUGCAGUUGGUCACGCAAAGGAAUAAUUUGACAAAUUAGAGAAAGGAUAAAUCUCCACCUAAACAUGCAAUUUUCGGUGACAAAAUUACACCCUAGAGGGUGUAGUUUGUUGCAGUCUAAGGGUGUGCAAGUUUCGACGUAUUUUGCUAGUCUCUUUGUGAUGCUUUUUGCCAAGGCAAGGCAUAUAUCAAUGCAAACUAAAACAUGUGAUGGACUCCAAUAAUGUGUCUUGCUUUUCCCUUCUUGUGUAUUAUGCAGUGGGCAGCUUUCAUAGUUGAUUCUGUGUAUCUUAUAGUAGCAGCACUUUGUUCUGUUAGGCAGUGACUGCUAAUCUAAUGCCGUCUUCCUCAUACAUCCAAUCAAAGUGCUGGCUGCAGUUGAUAGUGGUCCGUUUCUGUUUUGUUGUUCUCUCUCUUGCCUUCUAUUUUCUUUUAUAUAUAUAUAUAUAUAUAUAUAUAUAUAUAUAUAUAUAUAUAUAUAUAUAUAAUUUCACAUAACUGUAGAUAUAUACACACAGUUAUGUGAAAUUUUCGUGAGCAUGCUUCAGAAGCAUUUAAGGUAUAACAGCUUGGUGACACUUGCUAAGAGAGCUAAAAACUUCUUCAGUACAUUUGUGUCUCCUUUUUUCUUUCAUUGGAACUUGACUUGUUUUGAAUGGGAGGUUUCAGACUUUGAAAUGACAAUACAGAAUUUCGUAUAAACAGGCUCACUGUAUCCAGACUAAGUUGUUGUGCACCCUACUUGCUUGUGUAUUUUGUCAUGUUUGUUGCUGCUCACAAAUGUGUAUGUACUUGUGAAAAAAAAAAAAAGAAAAAUGGAGUGGGGGGGGGGUUCUUAAAUGGUAGCUUUAGCUUGGAACACAGUUGGAAUCAAACAAGUGCUAUACCAGUUUGAAGUUUGUUGCAUUUAAGAGAAUACCUUCAAAUCUAGUAAGUACCGGGAGUGCUUUUUUUUAAAUAUUUGGGCCUUAAUGUUUUUUCGGAAAGGACUGAAAAUGAGAAACUUAAAAAGAAAGUGUUUAACACUCCUUAACUUUGCUGCAGAAACUGGUUUUGUAAUUAAACAAAGUGAGGCUAACAGACGCAUGAAGUGGUGCACUUUGUCAGUCUUUAGUAAAACUGUUAUUUGUUACACAAGAUUUGCUGAGGUCAUAGAUUUGCCCACUUUAGAGAGUCUGCCAGAUGCAUUUUAUUGCAGAGCUAAGGAUUUGUGCAAGCUGUAUGCUUCAAGCUCAUUUUUUUUUUUUCAUGUUUUGUUAUUUUGGAAGUUUUAAUAAUUUAAUCUUGAAUGAAAGAAAAUAUGCUGUCAACAUGCUAAAAUUCAGCCUUUUCUUUUUAAGUGCAAUAAAUGUAAUUCAAGCCUGUUCAGCAAUUGCCAGAUAUAAUCAAUUGUACAUUUCACAUGUGCAAAAGAGAGUUAGCUGGAGAUUUGGAGAUUCUGCUUAAGGUGCAUAAAUGGCCUUGGUGUAACUGCCAUGCAAGAUGGGUGCAGUUUGCAUACGCAUGAUCCCGGAAUUUAGAUGAAUACACAUGUGCACACACAUACACUAACAUACACACAUGCAUUUGGAUACAGUGCUACGACUUGUAAUUUUGUGUCACCUAACAAUCCCAAUGCCUGUAUCUGCAUUUCAAGUUCGUUUUGAUGGCUGCCACAUUCAUUCUGAAAUCUGGGACUUGCCGAGAUCUUGGUUGCGAUUAUGUAAUGGUUCGGAAAGUGAACCAUUCUCUUGCUUUUUCUUGAUUUGUCGAAAUUGUGCUUUUGUCAGCAAAAGCGUAAUUCUGACCAGUCAUGUGAGGGCAAGUGGACAAUUCGCUUUCUGAAACGUAUGAUUGGACCCCAUGUUGCAGUAUGCAGACUGUCCUUAGUAAAGCGAAUAUAUUGGAAUGAGUUCUCAUUUUUGUAUUUUUAACGGAAUGUAUUACCGUAAGGGUCAUAUAUGCUACAGAAUCUUCAAAAAAAAAAAAAAAGUGGUAGAUAGGGUCUUUUUUUUGUCUGUGUUUAUAUGUGGUACCGGUGAUUAUACUUGCAUUAUGUAAAUAGUAUAUAUGGUUUGUGGACUUCCAUGGGAGGUGAUCUCUUCUAAAACAAAAAAACAAAACAAAAAAAAAAGCUUUUAGUGCAACUUGAGAACCUGCACUACCAUUGUGCAGCUUAAGCGCUUUAUUUAGCCAGUAACUGUAUUAUGAUCAGUGUCUAGACUUUUAGGUACAGCAGCAUGGUUAUUCCUGAGUUUGUGUGAAUGGUUAGAAUAUUUGUGUUGUUGAACAUUGAGAUGUUAUUUUCGAUGUAGGGUAAUAUUUCUUUUCCUAUUUUAGCUGGUGUUUGAUAGUUUGCUGUAAUACUGUUGAACAACACAAUGCACUUUAUAUCCAUGGCAUUUCUCCUUGAUUCGCUCCUUCAGGAAAAUUAGCUGCAGAAAUAAAAGCGACAAGAAAGGCCGCACCACCAAAAGGCAUAGCAAGCAAAUGUAAAGCUAAAUGAGGCGAAGUAUUAAAAACCCAAAGACAAUUAAUGUUAGCAGGGAAGGGAGGGAAGAACUUCAGCUUUCGAUUAUGGCAACCUGGUUUGUGCUAAAAGGUAUGGCUCCUCUAGCUUUUGUUGGCGUAACAUUAACAAGUCCCAUUAGGGCCAUGGACAAAGAGAAUAAAUUACUGUAGUCCAUUAAGGGUAACUUUCUUUGCCGAAUUUUUUUUAUUGCAGAUUUCAAACCUUCAGACUGACAUAUUUCGAAAAAUAUUUACCGCAAUUUUUCUAGAGUGACCAUAAAGUGACAAAAAAAAAAUAUUUUCCGUACAUAAACAUGCAUUGUUAUUCAUGAAUACAGAUGGGCUUUCAUAAAUACUUAUAAUAAGAAUAAAAAUUAGGUACACCGAAAUAGAUAUAUAUCCUGAUUCGGGCACUUGGGUAGUAGUCAACAUCAGAGGAAAUGCCGCUCGACUCGCUAGCAGCAGGGACAACAAGCGUGCCAGCCCAUAGCGUAAUUGAACCAUGUAUGCGCACAAGCAAAAAAACUAUGGUGGUGCGACCCGUCGGAAAAACCAAACAAAUCAGAAACUUGCUGUAAUCCUUUGUUCCGUCGCCAACGAAGGGCAAUGAGAUUCUGCGAACCAAGUCUCGGGAAAACACAUGCAGGCAUGGCAGCAUCGUUUGCAUACGGCGGCAUCGUUUGUAUAUACCAGCACCUGUCUGUGAAUAGAUGUAAUUGCACCCCUGUAAGCAAGAGACAAGCAAGAAUCUAACGGUGACCCUUUGAGAGAUUAGAAACCAGAUAGACAUCAGUUUUUACGAGCGAAACGAACGGAAACAGCUUAUGAGGUGAAACCAAAGCUAACUACUGCGUGCAUCUCGCACGUGUGGAUGUAUAAGUGCUCGCUGAAAUUCCAGCGCAAGGAAGCCGUAGAAUGAAAACCAAGAGACUAGGAAGCAACAAAAAAAAUUAAAUUUUGUGUCCACACAGAGUGACAGCACUGGCUGGGCGACAGAGUUGAAAAAUUGGUGCGUUUUUCCAACAUGCAGACAGCACCACAAUUAUACAGCAUUGACCCUCUCAGGGUUAACCAGAAGCAAAAUAUACUGAGCUUAGAUUUAAUGCUGGCCAUGUAAAGGUUGCUUUAUGUUGAAAUUGUCGCAGUGAGGUCUUCCUCUUUGCUCUCGAUUGAAAAUGGAAACAAACAAACAAAACGCUGACAAUGUGUUUGUCUCCCAGUCUACAGCUAACACCUCUCAUUUUCUGCGCAACUCGAAGGCAGCAAAGUUGUAAAAGGAAACUCGCACCCCUCAGAAGCCCUAGGGCCACUUUGCAAAUACUUCAUUGGAUACACUGCAAUGCCUUCACUACAGUAAAACUUUGUUAUGUCCAGCUCUUUCUAGUGCAUUUCAACGGCCUGGUAGGACCGCGUUGCUGGCUGCUGUGACAUUUGAAAGUCGCCACACUGCCGCACACCACCGUCAGCUUUCAAUGCUUUCAACGCAUUCUUUGUGUAAGAAAAGUAGGCAGGAGGCUAUGUGAGUGGUGCUAAAUUUGCUGUGAAAAGUUGCCAUACAGCGAAAUCAAAGCAACAAAAUUGUAAUACAUUUUGUGAAAAUUUUGGAACACUACACAAAUAACAAGAUACAUGAAACUAGCACGUGCAUCUUAGAUGGUAAAUGAGGAUACUAUAAAGUAGAACAGUAGCUGUUUCAUUUUCACUGAAGUUGCAGUUAGAAAGCUCAGGUGUUCAGUUAACUAAUUUUACUUCGGCUUCAAGUUCGAUCUGUGUAACUGAAUGCUGUUUGUGCAACAUUGCUCUUUAUUUGUUUAUUCAAGCAAGGCUUGAAAACGGAAACGUGGGUCAGAAGGUUGAAUUGGCAAGUGGCAGCAUUGGUGAAAAACUGAUCAUGCUGGUCGUUAACUGAAGCGGGGCAGUUCUACUGCAUACAUUGUCAGACUUGCCAUCAGGCCACAUAUUGGAGCUCUGUAGGACUUGUUCUCCUUCCCUGCUAUGUGUUGAAAAAUGACAGCCGUGUCAUCACUCUCGUGAGCUUCGUAGUGUCAGACAUGCUGUAGGAGCGCUAAAAAAAGACCUGGUGAAAUACUUUACUUGCGCAUGGGCCUCAGAACAUUUGACAGACACUGUAUUGGUGGCACUUCCUGUCUGCAGCGCUGUGAAACAAAACCCACUGACAGAUCCUGUCACUUGUGGAGUGGCUUCAAAGCUUUCAGAGACUGUACUUGUGACAUCUUCUAUUUGCAGGGCCCUGCUACAAGACCUGAUGACGAAUCCCAUCCCUUGCAGAGUGGCUUAGAAACUUUUGACUGAGACUAUACAUGUGACACUUUUUUUUUUUUUUUGCAGGACCUUUUGUGUAAGAGUGCAUGUAGGGUGAAAUAUGUGAUUGCUGUUUUGUGCAUUUUUGCUGAUUGCUGCUGGAAAUAACCCUGUAGCAUAUAAUUUACUCUCUAAAUAAUUGGUUCCAAUUUCGGCAUAGUUCCAUGAAAGUGACUAACCAAAGUAACAUCUCAGCGUGAUUAGAAAUGGAUGGGCUAUGCUGGAAAUCGAUGAAAUGACAAACUGGCCAGUAAUAAAGGCCAUAACAAUCCACCGAGAAUAACUGAUGCUAUGAAACCAGUUGUGUGCAUCUUGUUUUUUUUUUUUGUGUGUGUGCUUGUUUUCAUUUUCUGCGAGCAGUGAACAUCUCUCGUGUGUCCUUGCAUCGUUGCAUUGAGAGAGACAAAUGUGGGUGAUCUUGCACUGCCUUUUGUGUGUGCUUGUAUAAGCGUAUUGUGAGAAAGAAAAAAGUACAAAAGCUAUACUGUAAAAAAAAUUAUAAAACAUAGUCUAAUAAAUGGUUUUUACAAAGCCCCAA